GGUUCCCUUUUAUUACUAUUAAGCUAAUACUCUUCCCUCAAAUAACAUUAUAUUUUUUGUAUGUUUAUUACAAAGAAUCGACUAGUUGCUGGUGGAUUACCUAAAUUUCAUAUUUCACUAAAUAAAAUAAAUUAUUACAUAUUUUAAAACCACCCCUAGCUGCGUUUUCGGACGUUUACCAACACAGCCACUAACAACCAAAGUAAAAUGACACCGCCGCAGAGAAAGCAUAAAUUAAGUGAAAUUAAAGCCAAUAUUCAGCAAGUUAUAUCGAGUUUAAGGCAACUGGAGCAACAGAGCAGCGGGGCGGGGAGCGAUUUGGAUGUGCAGCGGGCGGAGGAACUGCAGCGGAGCACGGCAACCCUGCUGGAUGAACUUGAUCAAGUGCCGGGCCAACAAGUAGUCGCCCAACAAAAACAAAGAAAACGCCGGCGACGCUUAGACAGACGAAGUAAACAGCGGGCGAAAUGUGCAUCCAUCAAAUCCGAGCCCACAGAACAGAAGAUCUCAAUAGAACCGCCCCGGAAUCCCGAACUGAAACAAGCGGAGCACAUCUCGCUGCGCAAGCAACGGGAUGCAGCCUCCAUUUUGGAGACCUUUGAACUUCUGGAGAAACUAUGCGAAUCCCGUGGAGGAGACAAAGCUGCCCUUUGCCAAAAACUGACCCACAUGCGUCGUGUUUGGCGAAGAGUCCGAGAGGAGACUCAAGCUGGCAAUGCAAAGGAGUCCAAGAAGGUUGCUUCACUGGAAUCUCAAUGGAAUGUGGUGUUUUUCGGUCCAUCCUUGCCAUCGGCUAAAGUGAAUAAGGCGAAAUUUCUUGAAAUUCGCUCCACAUGGGAUUCUUACAUAAGCUACUGCGGGAGGGGCUCCUGUAUACCCAGAGGAUGGGUGUUGCCGCCAACGAAGCCCACAGCUCAGUGGGUGGCCUACCGAUGUACCACUUAAAAUAUUGAUUGGUUUUACUGCCUACUAUGGAUACCAUGAAAACCAUACCGAACCUCACACUCCUCAUAAAGAAGCAAGAUUAGCUACUAA